UGCGAAGUGAGCCCAUCGAGCAGUAGUCGAUCAGCUGGCGGCGAUGAGCGACACCGCGAAAUGCAUUCGCUGUGCCCCCGGCUCAAUUUGUAAGAGCUGCUCCACUCCAGAGAAUCGCCAAAUGCCAGCUGGUGCUGGUUAGUUGCUGUCUUGCCAUGUAUCGCAAUGUGCUCUGCCUGGCACUGGGCCUCAUCAUCGGCAUUCGGCUGACGGAUUUCUUCGAGUACUUGCAGCUCACCGAAACGCAUUUGAGCAGCACAUCGAUAACUCAGCUCGAGGAUGAGGCCACGCCCCAGCUGCCGACGGAGGAGGAGCUGGCCCGCUGGCUACACAACGAGACACGCGUGCUCUGCAUGGUGCUGACUAUGCCGAAGAAUCACCCAACGAGGGUCAGAAGGAUAAAGGAGACGUGGGGCAAGCGCUGCAAUAAGCUGGUCUUCAUCAGCAGUCAGGAGGAUCGGGAACUGGGCGCCAUCGAUGUGGGUGUGCCCGAAGAUCGGAAUAAUCUGUACCCCAAGAUGAGGAAGGCCCUGGAGUAUGUGUAUCAGAAUUAUGCAGAAGAUUACGACUGGUUCUUCAAGGCAGACGAUGAUACCUUUGUGAUAAUGGAAAAUCUGCGCUUCAUGCUCUAUCCGUAUGAUCCCGAGGCAGCUCUCUACUUUGGCCACCGAUUCCGGACUACCUACCCACAGGGCUACAUGUCCGGAGGAGCUGGCUACGUGAUGAGUCGGGAUGCACUGCGUCGUUUGAAUCUCUUUGCCUUUAAUAAUACCCAAUUCUGCCCGCUGAACAACCAGUCAGAGGACAGACAGUUAGGCUUCUGUCUGCAGAAUGUGGGCGUAGUGGCUGGAGACUCGCGAGAUGAGGAAGGUCGGGAGCGAUUUCUGCCCUUGUCCCUCAAAGCUAUGCUGCCCAGAUUUCCCACCGAAAACUGGCUAAUCAAACUGACCUUUUACGAGCCAACUAAUGAAACUGGUUCGACCUCGGGGAUUAGCUUUCACUAUGUCAAGAAUCACGAGUUCGAGAUGUAUGAGUUUCUGCUCUAUCGACUACACGUAUUUGGAACUCCUUUAUCACAGAGAUCGCUGCCACCCAGAUUGGAUUCCAAACAACUGCAGAACCAGCUUUAUCACUGGUCACAACAAAACAGCACUAAUCCCAACGCCUGGCUAAAUCAAAAUUAAUAGAUUCCUUUAUAUCAUUAGGAGAUAUUUAAGA